UGCCCCGAGGCAAAAUCCAACCACUUCACUUGUGCGCCGAUCGCGCUCUAGCAUCAACACAUUUUUAAAAAGUGGGACCUUUUACUACCAAAGCUCAUUGACACUUCAACAGAAAACAUAAACCGCAUAAAUUUUUUUUACCAUCACUCGGGUAAUUUACUCCGUAAAGUUUAUUUAUAAAUAAUUAAUUAAUUAAUUAAUUUUGUGGGUUUGACAGCAAAGUGACGUUUGGUGACAUGUGAGGUGACAAUUUAUUUUAAGUAAUAUAUGUAUGUAUAUAUGUAUAUAUAUUGAAUAGAAAAUUAUAUGAAGACUUAAUAAUCUAAAAAUUUAAAUGGAUUAUUUUUAAUCGGAGCUACUGAGGAGGAGAUAACAAUUUUAUUUUAUUUUAUUAUUGUUGCCGAGUGUUAAUGAUAGCAACGAACAAAGAUAUAUUUAACUGCUACGGAUUUUAUUGUUCGAAUAACGCUAUUGCGAGCGGUAAUUUAUUAACGCUAAUUUUUAAAUUUACUCGAGUGAUUUUUGAAUUAAAAAUAAAAUGAAUGGAAUUAUGGGCGAGUCUUCUGAUUUGAUAUCUUCGAGUAUCGCGAAUAGUAUCGCUAAUAAUAAUAAUAACAAUAAUAGUAAUGUCAGUAAUAACAAUAAUAAUAAUGACAAAAAUUUGGUAACAAAAAGUGUUAAUGGUGUAAACGAAUCCCCGGGUAUCAGUGGGGGAGAAUUAAGUAAAGCCGUCGCAAAAGUACUUGACGGUUAUGACUGGACACUAGUACCUGUUGCUACCAAAGGAACGAGCGAUAAGAGAACAGCACACGUUAAAAGACCAAUGAACGCUUUUAUGGUUUGGGCGCAAGCUGCAAGAAAAAAACUAGCCAACCAGUACCCCCAGCUUCAUAACGCCGAGUUAUCAAAAACUCUCGGUAAAUUAUGGAGACUACUGAAGGAAGUUGACAAAAAACCCUUUAUCGAGGAAGCCGAUCGGCUGAGAGUAAUUCACAAGCGCGAGCAUCCCGACUACAAGUAUCAGCCGAGGCGCAGAAAGCAGAACGGCCCGGGUCGCGAGAGUUCGCCGUCCAGGAGUUCAGCCAACAACAAUCAUCACAACCACAGUCAUAGUCUUAAUCAUAAUCACAAUUUAAAUCAUAGUCUGAAUCACACCCAUCAGCAGCAGAGCAACGUAACGUUCAAUGUAUCGAACCCACUGAAACAAGAGGACUUGAGUCCACGGGGUGGCCAGGGACCCAACUCACCGCAGAGCAGAGUGAGUUCUUCACCACCCACGACGCCGAAUCAAGGCUUGUCACCUCCUACACCACCGACGACGCCUCGAGGGCACCACUUUGUCAAUCAGUCGCACACCCACCAGCAACACAUUCACUACCACCAAGAUUUGUCAGCCUCUUCAAUGUCCGACUCCUCCCAACAGCACGGGACCGUCGACCUCAGCAGAUUUAUCGACGUCACCGAAGUGUCUCUCGCCGAUGAGCCUCCAAUGAGUAGCCUCAGUCCCCUGGUGAAUCUCAACCUGCCCCUGAAUCUCCAAGAAUGCGAAGUCGAGAGCAGCGAGCUGGACCAGUACCUGCCCUCGCAGCUGCUGGUUCACCAGUACCAGAGCCCUCCGCCCCAACAGUCGAACCCGUCUCCCUGGACGCUGAAUCGAUACGAAGAAGACAACGACAGACAAAACAAAAGAUUUUGCAGCGAAUCGAUACCCGAAGUUUCAUGGGAAGAUCGUCAAGACAUGAUACGUUAUCACGAAUUACAGCCGCCUUUGCCGCCAGUACAAUACAUUUCCGCGCCUCAUCACUCGCAUUCAAACAACAACCAGGUCACCCAUUCACAUGUAAAUCCUUCUUACAUGCAAUACGCGACACAUCGCUAUGUACCUGGGAUCGAAACUUGGCCCAAUUAUUUAUAAAAAAAAAUUUUUAAUUUUAAAAAUUAAAUUUUUAUUAAUUAUUAUUAUUAUUUUUAUUAGUCACCUAAGUACCACUAAUUAAUUAAUUGCUAUUAAUCAUCAAAUAGCGCGAUAGCCAAAAAUGUAAUUAAUAAAAAAAAUAGUUAUAAAAAUUAGCGAUGUAAGUAUACAUGAGUAGGAUUAUUUCUUAAGCUUAUAUUUUUAUGUAUAAAUGUAUGUAUGUAUGUGUAAUAAUACCACAUGUGAGUACGUAGUUCCAUGACAUGACAUCAUUCCAUGACAGCCGUAGUCGAUGCUUUUAUUUUUUACUUUCAUUCCAAUCCUGAGUCUUUCCAAUGUCACUUCAUAAGCGCGGUUUUUAAGCCUUCAUUUAAAUAUUAUACUUGUUUUUUUAGCUUUGAUAUUUUUACUAACGUCGUUAUUGACUAAUUGUUGGGGCGAAUAACAUUUUAGAGAAGUUAUAUAAAUUUUUCGCCAUCACUUGAUGCAUAUUUUUUUCUGAUCGGUUUUGAACUGCGAUAUUUUUGAAAAGUGAGUCUGUGUUACGAUUUUUAAAAAUGGGGGUGAGUUGGUCAGCCUGAAAAUGUGACCUUUUUUAAAAUAAUUAAGAAAACACACUUGAAAAAAAUUUUUUAUCCUGAAAACUUGUAACUCGCCGCUUUACGCAGAUUCAUAAAUUGGCGCCAUUUUUUUUUUAAUUUGAACUGAGCAUUUUUCGAAAGCAAAAUAAAAAAUUUUGGGUUCUUUCAUAUAUUUAUAACAAUCGUAGUAUUGCGACCAUAUAUGAAUAUAUUUAUAUAUAUAUUCAUAUAUAUACAUGAUAUGAAAGUCAGUGAUUUUAAAUCAUAUAAAUAUUAUUUUACUCAGUAUAAAUUUUCCAAAAAAUGUAUAUAUAUUUUUUUUUUUUUCAUACUCACUUCAAUAUAUAUAUUAUAUAUUUAGUAUAUUUACGCCGCCUUUAUACCAGUAAAUAAUACCGUGGGCACCUUCUUUGGGUACUUAUGUAUUUAGAUAUA